UCAUUAACUUCACGAACUUGUGAAGUGAGUAGUGGAGUGGGUGAUGGGAUGCUCGUAAUGGGUUUUUCGAUAAGAACGAAUAUUGGUUUCCAGAACAAUAAGUUGCUGGAGUAAUCAUUAUUGGUAAAUGUUCUAGUGUUUCAUUAGUUGCAAUAAAAUGAUUGAUAUUACUCCUGGUAACUUCUUACAAGGCGAGAAAAAUGUAGGGAGCGAUACAAACCCAUCCUUUAAUUCAAGAUCUCCAUACCCAUCCCAUAAAUCCCACCACAUUUAUUUCCAUGGAACAAUGCAAGAAAUCAUACCUGGAGUAUAUCUUGGUCCAUUCACAUCAGCUUACAGAAACUGCCUACUAGAAAAUGGUAUCAAUUAUGUUGUCUGCGUCCGACAGCAAUUUGAAGCGCAUUUUAUAAAGCCGCAGGUAGCUGAUCCUGCUUUUGCCUAUUUAACACUUGACAUUGCAGAUAAUGUUACUGAAAAUAUCAUUAGAUUCUUUCCCAAAGUACGACAAUUUAUUGACGAAGCUCUAUCUAACAAUUGUAAAGUGCUUGUUCAUGGUAAUGCUGGGAAUUCUAGGAGUGCGACUUUGGUAUUGGCAUAUAUCAUGGAGAAGUAUGGAUUGACUUGUGGCGAGGCUUUACAUUAUGUGAAAGAAAAGCGAGCUUCUGUGGACCCCAAUGAAGGAUUCCGUGCCCAGUUGAUAGAAUAUGAACCUAUAUACAAAGCUCGACAGACUAUGGCUACUGGUGGGUCAUCUACUGAUAACAGGCAGAAAAGAAAAUGUGAGCAGCUCACAGAAACGGUGGACUACAAUCUUAUUCAAAGACCUCCAAGUCCAGAUAUGGAAAACAAUAAUGACAUAAAUGUUUAUUCUUGCAAAGAAUUCUCAGACCACCUCUUUAGGUUGUUGAAAAGAAGCUAGAAGCUAAAAUCACUGAUAGUCAGUAUUUGCCAAUACACACUUGUAUUCAUCUAGUUGCUGAAACUAAAAGUUAAAAUUGUUUCACGAUUCUUUAAAAUCUUCUGGAAGAUAUUUUUGGUUUCACUUUGAGAAUAGAUGUUCUGUUUAUUUGGUUUAGAAUGCAUUAAGUUAUUAUAAAAACUAGUCGUUCUUUAGGUUUUUGACAAGAGGAUGCAUAGAAUAUUUCAUAUAAAUAGGGUAUCGAUAAAUCUUUGGGGGAUAUGGCUUCUAAGGGUAUCAAAAAGCUUUCACUUGCCUUCUACUGACAUUCCUUAUAAUAUUAAAGUCGAAAACAUCUUUUGUUGACUACUUUUGGUAUUAAUAUAUUUGGACCCCUUCCUUAUAAAUCGAAUAGCAAUGAAGUGUCAUUAUUGGACUGCAAAAUUUUCAAACUUUUGUGUCAGUUUCAUUUCAUCAAAAUGGCAUCAGAAACACUUCUAUCGAUUUUCUGUCUGGUGGAAUUGAAAUAUUCAAUUAUUUCUAAAAUCAAUGAACAUUUCAUCCUCACAAAACAAAAAAUCACCACAGUUUGAGUUUUCAAAUCAUUGCACAUAUUCUAGAUUUCUUUAAAAAACUAAUUUUUUCUAAAAAUAUACCCUCUUUAAAUUCAAUGAAAUAAUUUUUAACUUUGAAGAGAAAUAGAAGCUAACCUCACAAAUCUCAAAAACCCAGUGCAUUAUUUGAGAUGAGUAGUGCUUUUCUAUGAUAGAAUUAUUAACUGUUGAUAAUUUUGAGUUAAGCAAAGCUCUUAAGAGUUUGAAUAUUCCGCUUUCAAUCCAUCAUAAAGUUUCAACAGAAUAUAGACAACAUACCAUAUGCUUCAAUAUUGAUAAAAAAUUGUUUGAAAUCCAAAAAUACUGUUGAAUAUUUUCUUCACCUAGAGGUAGAAAAUAUAUUUCUAAAAUCUAAUGAAACUUCACACCAAUGGACCUAAUCUAUGUUGAAAAUCAGUUUUUUGUUCUGAGUAAAAACAAUAGCAAUGUUUUUUAAACAGAAGCCAGAGUUUAAUUUUUGAAAGUCAGUUCAGUUUCCAAACAAUUUUUAAAGCUAAACUUGUGACUUCAUCUGUUGAAGUUUUGGAAUAUGGCAACUUGAAUUACCAAAAUUUGGAAUACUGUACAAUUUCUUUGGUGUACAUUGUAACAAGUGGUAUUGAAUAUGUUAGGUAAAUUUUAUGAUACAUAGACCCUAUAAAAAAUAUUCUAUGCUUAACCUUUGAAUCAAAUCAUUCUUUGCAUUGAAAUAGUUAGUUAUUUUGGUGUUUGAUUUAUACAAGUCCCAAAGAGAGACAGUAGUUAGUUUGUUUCGAUUCAAAAUGAGGUAACCAAAUUUUUUUGAGUGGAAAAUUUCUAUAUGGAAGCUUGCAUUUCAUGUUUUCUUUAGGUAGGUGUGUCAAUGUGUAUAUGUAUAAUAUAGUGCCUAAUGUAAAAAUUGUAGAAUUUAGGUAAGACAAAACUAUUUUUAUACUUUUGUAAAGUUUGUUUUCGUUUUAUGUGAAAUAGAUUCAUGUUAUUUCAAAA